AGCUUCUUGGGCAAAAUCGAUCAGCAGGCAGCAGUAGAUUUCAACAUGUCUGCCGUCGGCUGUCAGUAAAAGAGGUGUUUGUUUUCAACUCAACAGCAGAUCCUUUGAGCUCGGUGAAGAACAGUCGAGGCGGGCGCUCAUGGCUCAGUGCGUGCAGUCAGUGCAGGAGUUCAUCCAGGACUCGUUCGUGCCGAUGGUGGCCGUCCUGUGCAGCGAGGAUGCGGAGAGAGUGACCCGCAAAAACAACCUGAGUUUCCCCGAGCUGUUGCGGCCUUUCUGCCGCCUGACGUCCGAGGGUCACCUGCGUGAUCCCAAUAACCAGGUGGUUGUGGUGAAGGGCCUCCGGAUCAGCGUGACUGGGAUCAACACACGGCCUCCACAGAGCCCAGAGCUGCACAGACUCCUCAGCCAGGCGGUUUCUGUCUGCCAGCCACCUGAAGGGUCGCCCGCCAACGUCAUCGCGGCUGGAGACUACGACCUCAACAUCAGCGACCGCACGGUCAAAGCGAGCGUUCCCUGGUAUUCUGACUGGAAAGAAACGCUCACACAGCUGAGCUCGUCCAAGUACUACACAGCAACAACACCAUGGUUUGAGACUUACCGGGAGAACUUCCUGCAGUCCAUGCCAGCAUCAGAGCACGAGUUCCUCAACCACUACCUGGCCUGUAUGUUGGUGGUGUCGUCCCGUGAGGCGGUGCCGACAGAGCAGUUUCUCAAGCUGUCACAGGAACAGCACCGAAUCCAGCACAGUGGGGAAUACACUCAUCCCAAAUGGUUCAUCCCCAACACACUCAAAUAUUAUGUCCUGCUCCACGAUAUCAGUGAAGGAGACGAGCAGAGGGCGGACUCUGUGUACGAGGAUAUGAAACAGCGGUAUGGAACUCAGGGCUGCUAUCUGCUCAAGAUAAACUCCCGGAGUGGUAGCACUGGAGCGGACGAACAGAUGCCGGACCCCUGGAGUCAGUACUUACACAAGACCAGCAUACACAACCCUGAGCUAUAUGAAGAAUCUGCAGUGAGUAAUGCGGUUGAAAACAACAUUGGUGCAGAGGAAGAUGGUCUUAAUCCAUCCAUUAGAGACGGCGUCUCAGAGACUCAUCCUCUGCAGCUGGACCACCCCACUGAUGCUGGUUACCCUGGCAACAAUGCCAGUCAGUCUGUAAACAAUGUGGAUGAGACGAGACCUCAAAAACAGGCCAGCGGGACCUCUCACACCAGCCCGACUCCUCGAGGAACCUGCCUGACCCUGAAUGACCACGACCACAUGCGGCAGUUUAUCCAGGAGUUUACCUUCAGAGGAUUACUGCCACACAUCGAGAAGAACAUACGGCAGCUAAACGACCAGCUUGUCUCAAGAAAAGGUCUGAGCCGAUCUCUUUUCUCCGCCACUAAGAAGUUGUUUGGUGGAGGUAAGGUCCCAGAGAAGAGUAUUGCUGAACUAAAGAACACCGCAGGGCUGCUAUAUCCCUCAGAGGCUCCAGAGCUUCAAAUCAGGAAGAUGGCCGACCUCUGCUUCCUCGUUCAGCACUAUGAGCUGGCCUACAACUGCUACCACACUGCCAAGAAGGACUUCCUCUCUGACCAGGCCAUGCUGUAUGCUGCAGGAGCGCUGGAGAUGGCUGCUGUCGCUGCCUUUCUGCAGAGCGGGGCACCCAGGCCGUACCCAGCACACUAUAUGGACACGGCUAUUCAGACCUACAGAGACGUGUGCAAAAACAUGCUAUUGGCCGAGCGGUGUUGUCUUUUAAGUGCUGAGAUUUUGAAGAGUCAGGUCAAAUUCUCCGAUGCUGCCACACUUCUGAUCAAGAUGACCAGUGAGGACUCUGAUCUGCGGAGUGCACUCCUGUUGGAGCAGGCGGCUCACUGCUUCAUUAAUAUGCGCAGCCCCAUGGUGAGGAAGUUUGCCUUCCACAUGAUACUGGCUGGUCAUCGUUUCAGCAAAGCUGAACAGAAGAGACAUGCGUUGAGGUGCUACAGCCAGGCUUUGCAGGUGUAUAAAGGUAAAGGUUGGACACUGGCUGAAGAUCACAUCAACUUCACCAUCGGUCGGCAGUCCUUCACGCUGCGGCAGCCAGAGAACGCAGUGGCUGCCUUCCGGCACAUUCUCAUCAAUGACAGCAAACAGUCGGCUGUACAGCAGGCUGCUUUCCUCAGGGAAUACCUCUAUGUGUAUAAGGUUAGCAACUCACACCGGAAUCCCAUUACUUAUGACUUAAGGCUCAUUCACACCAAGACCGAUGACUAUAUUAGUGUCCAUACCAACAGACGAUAA